AUGGCGAUCGAUAAAAUCGUAACGGAUCCGAAGCUCCGCACCAUCUUGCAGACUUCCGAACAGGCACGCGAUCAAGCUACCACCUUCAUCAACCUCGGCGAGCAAAUCUACAGCCAAGGACCUGCAUCAGACCAGGCGCUAGAUGAAUUAUACAAGGAACAGAGACAUCUCUUCGCGACUUUGGCCCAGUUGAAAGGAAUGCACCGAAACGUCUGCUUCGAAGCCCGUGAUACCAAAGCACAGACUGCCGAAUCGCGUCAGGAAGUCGAUCGUUUGCAUCUUGAUCUUCAGAACCUGUACUACGAGCAACGACAUCUCCAAGGUGAAAUCACAGCAUGUGAAUCCUACGACCACAAGUACCAGCAACUACCUCUGAUCCCCGUUGAGGAAUUCCUUGCACAACAUCCCGAGCAUCAAGACGAUGACGAGAAUACCUUGAUGGUGGCGCGUAUCGACCAUGAGCGAGCUGAGCGUGAAGCGCUCGAGCAACAGAGACAGGAGCUCCUCAAGCGAAAGCAGAAACUCAUCGCGGAUAACAAGCGACGAAAGGAUGACUUGGCCAACCUUGACAAUGACCUCGAGAAGUUUAUUGAUGCUGCCAAGCCAAUCCACAUGCUUUUCGAGAAGGCACCCUAA